UUUCCUGCAUUUGAAAUGAGUUGUUUGUUUCCUGCAGUGAGAGGCUCCGAGGGGCUGUACAUGGUGAAUGGGCCCCCCAGCUUCACUGAGAGCGUGGCAUUCCAAAGGGAUUCUGGAAAAAAUUGCAAAGCUGUUGCUUUUAGCAAGGAUGGCUCCCUCUUUGCCUGGUGCAAUGGAGAAAAAGUCAAUGUUUUUAAUGUCACCAGAGCUGAGUUACUGCAUUCCUUUGAUCUCCCAAAGACAGUUUGCCUUGAAUUCUCGCCAAAGAAUAACGUUCUGGCAACGUGGCAGGCCUAUGCAACUGCUAAGGAUGGCACAGCAGGGGUGCCCAACCUGCAGCUCCAUGAUCUGAGAACUGGAAAAUGCUUAAAGUCUUUUGUGCAGAAAAAGAUGCAGAACUGGUGUCCUUGCUGGGCAGAGGAUGAAAGCAUUUGUGCCAGAAAUGUGAACAAUGAGGUGCACUUCUUUGAAAACAACAACUUCAAUACCAUUGCAAACAAGCUGCAUUUGCAGAAGGUCAGUGAUUUUGUGCUGUCCCCAGGAGCACAGCUAACCAAGGUUGCUGUUUAUGUCCCAGGCAGCAAAGGUGCUCCGUCCUUUGUCAGGCUCUACCAGUACCCCAACUUCGGGGGCCCGCAGUCUGCACUAGCCAACAAAAGCUUCUUUAAAGCUGACAAGGUGACAAUGCUAUGGAACAAAAAAGGUAUAGCAGCUGUGUACAACUCCUGUUUUUGCAGGUUUCCAGUGGGACAAUUUGAGAAGGCCCUGAGGUCAUACUUGAGGAAAAAAAAAAACGGAAUUUUUUUACAUGUCAAGCUAUGCUUACUGUUAAAGUGUUGGUGCUGGCCGUACAGAGCCAAAAACGGCCCUAUUUACGAUGUUGCCUGGAGCCCCAAUUCUGUCGAGUUCUGCGCUGUGUAUGGUUUCAUGCCUGCCAAAGCCACGGUUUUUAACCUGAAGUGUGACCCCGUGUUUGAUUUUGGCACCGGGCCUCGCAAUGCUGCCUACUACAGCCCCCACGGACACAUCCUGGUGCUGGCAGGCUUUGGGAACCUCAGGGGACAGAUGGAGGUGUGGGACGUUAAGAACUACAAGCUGAUUUCCAAGCCGGUGGCCUCGGAUUCCACGUACUUCGCGUGGUGUCCCGACGGGGAGCACAUCGUGACGGCCACGUGCGCCCCGCGGCUGCGCGUCGGCAACGGCUACAAGAUCUGGCACUACACGGGCUCCGUGCUGCACGCCCACGAGGUGCCGGCGGACCAGGAGAUGUGGCAGGUGUUCUGGCAGCCCUUCCUGGACGGCGUGUUCCCCGAGAGAGCGGUGCGGUACCAGGCGGUGCCCGGCGAGCUGCCCCGCGCCGCGCCCGGCCCCGCGCAGGCGUACCGCCCGCCCGCCCUGCGCAACCGGCCCGCCACGAGCUCCAAGCUGCAUGAAGAUGAGCCACCCCAGAACAUGAAACCCCAGCUGGGAGGCAGUGAUAAGCCAGUGUCUAAAACAGCUCUCAAAAAUCAGAGGAAGCAUGAAGCUAAGAAAGCUGCUAAACAGGAGGCCAAAGCUGAUGCACCCCAAGGCCCUGCCCAGGUCAGAACCCCACAGAAUGCCCUGCAGAACACUGUGCCAGCCAUGACCACGGGAGAUCCUGAAGUGGAUAAGAAGAUAAAGAAUUUGAAAAAGAAACUAAAGGCAAUUGAGCAGCUGAAAGAACAGGCAGCUGCUGGCAAACAGCUGGAGAAGAAUCAGGUGGAGAAGAUUCAGAAAGAAGCUGCUCUCCUUAAGGAACUGGAAGACCUAGAACUGGGUGUUUAAAUCUUCCUCGAGCUCCAGUGUGGUGCUGACACAAAGUUCAUGCAAAAUGUAGUUUUGUUAAACAUUUCAGCAGAUGACCAAGGGUUCGACAGUCCACAGAUUUGCUGCUCAUUUGCCUUUAAAAAAGAGUUUUCCUAAAGAUUUGUGCACAUGAAGCCGUAAGCAAGCGAUGAGUAUCCAUCAGCCAGUUCUGCUGCUGUUCCAACGAGAAAUGUGCUCCUUUUCUGAGAACAUACUGCCUAGACCAGAUUUUUUUUCCUUAUUUGGGUGGGAGAAGGGAAGGCGACAAAGACAUUUGAUAGCUUUAUUAUAUUUAAGAAGAGAUGCGAUCUUUAUGCGAUGACGGGCUGUAGAUGAAAUAAAGAGCAUUUAUAACA